GUUGAGGGAGGGGGGAGGGGGGACACAGAGGGAGGAAGAAGCGGCGGCGGCGGCUCCUCUUUGCAGAGGGGGAAAACUCCGAGGGAUAAGAGCAGGAAUAAUGCGGUAGGCAAGGCGGGCUGCUCGCUCCCGGCUCCUGGCUCCGGCGGCAGCAGCGGCAGCCCGAGUAGCGGCAGCAGCAGCGGCAGCACCCCCAGCAGCUGACAGCCCCGCCGGCAGGCUCCCUCGCUGACCGCCGACUGUCAAUGGAGCUGGAAAACAUCGUGGCCAACACGGUCUUGCUGAAAGCCAGGGAAGGGGGUGGAGGAAAGCGCAAGGGGAAAAGCAAGAAGUGGAAGGAAAUCCUGAAGUUUCCUCACAUUAGCCAGUGUGAAGACCUCCGAAGAACCAUAGACAGGGAUUACUGCAGUUUAUGUGACAAGCAGCCAAUUGGAAGACUGCUUUUCCGGCAGUUCUGCGAAACCAGACCCAGGCUGGAGUGUUACAUUCAGUUCCUGGACUCAGUGGCAGAAUAUGAAGUUACUCCAGAUGAAAAACUGGGGGAAAAAGGGAAGGAAAUUAUGACCAAGUACCUCACCCCAAAGUCCCCAGUGUUCAUUGCCCAAGUCGGCCAGGACCUGGUCUCCAAGACGGAGGAGAAGCUUCUACAGAGGCCCGGCAAGGAGCUCUUUUCUGCCUGUGCACAGUCUGUCCACGACUACCUGAAGGGAGAGCCCUUCCAUGAGUAUCUGGACAGUAUGUAUUUUGAUCGCUUUCUCCAGUGGAAGUGGUUGGAAAGGCAACCGGUAACCAAAAACACUUUCAGGCAGUACCGAGUCCUAGGAAAAGGGGGCUUUGGGGAGGUCUGUGCCUGCCAGGUUCGGGCCACAGGUAAAAUGUAUGCCUGCAAGCGCUUGGAGAAGAAGAGGAUCAAAAAGAGGAAAGGGGAGUCCAUGGCACUCAAUGAGAAGCAGAUCCUAGAGAAGGUCAACAGCCAGUUUGUGGUCAACCUGGCCUACGCCUACGAGACCAAGGACGCGCUGUGCUUGGUUCUGACCAUCAUGAACGGGGGUGACCUGAAGUUCCAUAUCUACAACAUGGGUAAUCCUGGCUUCGAGGAGGAGCGGGCCUUGUUUUACGCGGCAGAGAUCCUGUGCGGCCUGGAAGACCUCCACCGGGAGAAUACCGUGUACAGAGAUUUGAAACCCGAAAAUAUCCUGCUAGAUGAUUAUGGCCACAUUCGGAUCUCGGACCUGGGUCUGGCUGUGAAAAUCCCUGAGGGAGACCUGAUCCGCGGCCGGGUGGGCACCGUCGGCUACAUGGCUCCGGAGGUCCUGAACAACCAGAGAUAUGGCCUGAGCCCUGACUACUGGGGUCUGGGUUGCCUCAUCUAUGAGAUGAUUGAGGGCCAGUCACCGUUCCGGGGCCGCAAAGAGAAGGUGAAGCGGGAGGAAGUGGACCGCCGGGUCCUGGAGACGGAAGAGGUGUACUCCCAAAAGUUCUCUGAGGAGGCCAAGUCCAUCUGCAAAAUGCUGCUCACCAAAGAUGCAAAGCAGAGACUGGGCUGCCAGGAGGAGGGGGCCGCGGAGGUCAAGAGACACCCCUUCUUCAGGAACAUGAAUUUCAAGCGCUUAGAAGCCGGGAUGUUGGACCCCCCCUUCAUUCCAGACCCCCGCGCCGUGUACUGCAAGGACGUGCUGGACAUUGAGCAGUUCUCCACCGUGAAAGGCGUCAACCUGGACCACACGGAUGAUGACUUCUACUCCAAGUUCUCCACGGGCUCCGUGCCCAUCCCAUGGCAGAGCGAGAUGAUAGAAACCGAGUGCUUUAAGGAGCUGAACGUGUUCGGACCUAACGGUACCCUCUCACCGGACCUGAACAGAAGUCACCCUCCGGAACCGCCAAAGAAAGGGCUGCUCCAGAGAAUCUUCAAGCGUCAGCAUCAAAACAAUUCCAAGAGUUCACCCAAUUCCAAGACCAGUUUUAACCACCACAUAAAUUCAAACCAUGUCAGUUCAAACUCCACCGGAAGCAGCUAGUUGGAGCUCUGGCCUUGAAGUCCACGGUGGUACCAGCCUAAACCCUUGUCCUUAGAAGCAGAACUUGUGGACGGGGGAGCCCUCCCAGGAGCCGGGGAAGGAGGCCAGCGCAGAGCCUCCAGGUUUCUCAAAGAGAUUUCCACUCAGGUCUGUCUCCAGAGGUGGCCCUCAAGCCGACGUGGAACAUUGCAAUAGAAAUCCAGUUGGAUACGACAACUUGCACGUAUUUUAAUAGCGUCAUACCUAGAACUGAAUUUUGUCUUUAUUAUUUUUAAAGAAAAGUUUUGUAAAUUUCUCUAUCGUCUCAGUUUACAUUUUGUAUAUUUGUAUUUAAAUGAAAGUCAGACUUUGAGGGUGUAUAUUUUCUGUGCAGCCGCUGUUAAGCCAUGUGUUUUAAGACAUUUUAGAGUGGGGGGGUGGGGGGGUUUACAAAACAAAAAAAUGUGACUCAAGACUUCCAGCGCCUCAAAUGAGAAAAUGUUUUUAUUAAAUGUAGAAAAUGAUUCACAUUUCACCUUUAAAGGAUUGGUUGUAUCCAUCUCUGUAACCUUUCCCUCACAUUGAUGUCACCUUGCUGUUGGCUUGUAACAACCCGAAUUAAGUGCUCCAGACAUACUUCGGGCUUCACCCCCCCCGUCACAACAUCCUCUGCGAGGUCUCUGGAGUCACCUGGGGCCAACGUGCACUUUUCCUUUAGAGGCACACGGUGUCCGUGUUGCUUCGGCCUUGGCCUCCUCUUCCUUCUGGAAGGCGGCUGGUACACUUUCUGAGCAGGUUCUGACUGCUAAAGCCCGUAUGUUUUCAAGAGGCUUGCAUUUGGGGAUUUUUGUCUUAUUCUGUUUUUUUAAGGGACACAUUGCGAUGAUAAGUAGUCAUGGAACCCCACCUGUCCCAAAUCCUAUGGCCCGAGGAAGCAUCAGGGAGUGGGGGUCAGUGGAGUCCUACUGAAUGAGUCCACAGAGGGGGAGGGAGGCUUGCCCAGGGACUCCGGGCACGUUCCUUGCGUGUUUAUGGGGUCACAGGGUCUGGAGAGCUUCACAAGGCCCCACAGAUUCCCUGGCCCCGGUGGCGUGGAUAGGGUUCUCUCUCCAAGCAAUGGGAUGCCUGAGGAGGGGGCCAGGAUACCGCGGAACUCGACACAAACUGUCAUUUCUUGGGAGGGGUGGAAGAGGCGAGCUCUAAGGGGGCAUCUCAAAACUUCAGGCACAAGUAGCCCCCAGGAGGACGUGGUGGCUUUGCCAGACCAGUGUCUUCUGAGGGCAGUGCCCAGGCCCUUUCAGCAUGGCCCUCCAGCACCAAGGAGCCACUGGCCGCUUCCUGUUGCCUCCACGAGGUGACAAGGAGGAAAUCCACCGUCGCCUCCCCCCUGCCCCAGAACAGGGGGAGUGGUUGACACCCCUGCUCCCCUGCCUGGCUGAGUCCCUAGCGACCGAGUCAGCCUCAUUCAGACCUGGUGUCGGCCACCCGGCAGUUGCCAGGGUUCCUCCCAGUGUGGGUCCUGCACUACCUGCACUGGCGUCUCCGGUCAAAAUGCAGAUUCCUGGGCCCACCCAAACCUAUGGAAUGGAUUCUCUGGGAGUAGGGCCCAGGAAUCAGUGUUUUUAAGAAGUUCUCCAAAACAUUCUAACACACCCUCAAGAAGGCACUGCUGCCUUAGCUUCAGUGCGGCUUUGGACUCUCCCAAAACCAAUUCUUUCUGUGACCCAGGCAGCUUGGAGCACGAGCUUUGAGGGAGGAGAGCGUAGCGGGCAUGGCAGCCUCCUGUCCCAUGUCUGGGCUCCUCCCUCCGACUGGGCCAGCGGGUCCUGGAGCACACUGCCAGAGAGGGGGCCUUUGGGACCAUUGUUUUAGGUCACUUGACAAACAUGGCAGAGAACAAGAGCUGGGCUUCCCUUGGAUCCCUCCAACGUGCAGUAUUAUUCUCUUCAAGACCAGCUUUGGCCUCACGGGGCUGCUUCUGUUAACCUCUCCUGGGCUGCGUACGAGAUAAAUACAAACAGCCAUACUCUGUUUUUUGCCAAGUGAAAGCUCCAGUAUUUUAAGAUCCUCAAACUCUUGCUGACCCUCCUUUCUUAAUGGAAAGGACAGUCAUCUUCCUGGGACGGUCACCAGCCCAAGCUCCCACUCUCCCUUCUCCUUCCUUUUGCCCAGUUCACAGCAACUCCAUGCUUACCGAAUGACGGAUUGAGAAGCCAUCUCCUUCCAUGCCUCCGAGCCCCACACUGGCCGCUUGCUGCACAGAAUCCUCAAGGAGCAAGAAGGAAACGUCUGUCUGCUCCGUGGGUUUCUGUGUCCCGGGAGCUCCAACGAUGCGAACAUACAGGCCUUCCUAGGCCUCUUAAAAUGACUGGAGUCUCCCUUUGUAUUUGCAGCCUGUCCCCACCGAAUGCUCCUAGGACUGGAGCCACUGGCCUUUCUGUGCCUCCCCUGCUCUGUUCCUUUUGGCCUGUCGUUUCCUACAAGAGAAGUCAUUAUUUAAAACAAUGCCUGAAAAUCAGCCCUCCUUUCCACCAAGUCCCCCAGUCCCCAAGUCACCGAAGGUCCUACCCCACCCCCAGCUUCUCCUCCAACUUGUUUUCUAUAGCUACAUUUUUUUAAAGAUAUUUUUAAAUUAGGGGGAAAAAAAAAACCCAAAACAAACCCCACCUUCCUCCCCAUCCCCCCAUCUGGGAUGAGGCAGGUUUGGGCAGUGAAUGGAUUUAAAUUUUUUUUUUUUUUUAAACUUUUGAGCUCUUCACAGAAGGGCCUUUCUCCAAGCAUGACAUUUCCUCACUGGACAUUCGCUGACCUUGUGCCUUUGAGGUGAGACACGGGCCCUGCAGAAACAUCUCUGCUUCCACUUUUCAGGAGACAAGCUGCUGUCCCCAGUGGGACAGGGGUCAUCUCUGCCAUGAGCACCACAACCGACGAGUGUCUAUCGAACGCCCUUGGGGGUGCUCCGACAAGGUCACCCACAAUACCACCAAUUCCUGAGCCCUGCCGUCACGGGGAACGCCACCCCAUCCCGUAUCACUCAUUCUCGACUCUUUCUCGGCCAGGAACAUCACUCUUUAAACCACGCGCUUUCGAGGGCCGCUCACUUGCCCCGUUGCUAAGCGUUGCGGCGUCUCGAGUGGCCCCAGAAGCGUUUUUUUCCUGAAGUGCGCUGCUCUUAGCAAAUCCUCAGCCUUGGAGGGGCAAGGCACGUGGAAGAGAGCAGGGUACCUGGGUUUUAUGCACACCUGACAGGUAGCCCGCCGCGACCCCUGGUGGUGAGUUCUGGGGACACGUGAGGACGCCACCUCGUCAUCGAAGGCACGCCAGGAGGUGGCCGCCUGCCCGGGAGCCCAGCGAGCCCCCACGACACAGAGGGCAUGUCCUCGGGGCAGGCAGGGCCUCCACGCCUCGCCCAGGAGCCCUGCCCCCUGUCGAAGCUCCUCGUCGCUCUUCCACACCCCGUCUUUUCCUGAAAGGCUCGGGGCAUCGGCUUCCCACCGACUCUCCCAAGUGAGCCGCUGACCCAGACCUCGCCUCGGAGGGAGCACCGCGGCCUCCUUGCACCUGGCAU